UUAUCCUAGUUUCCCCACCAUUACUUUUUUACAUAAAACCAAAAUAAAAUAAAGAAGAAAUACAAAAGCAUAUGGUGGUGGUAGGUAAAGUAUGGUGAGAGGCACAAGAACACUCCACGCUCGUCUUCUCUUCUCCUAUAACAACAACACUCUCUUCUUCUCUAACCACUUCGUCUUCUUCUUCCUUCUCUUCAAACCAAAAAAAUGAGAACUCUCUUACCUUCUUCCCAUACUCCGGCGACGGUUACAACUCCUCGACGACGCUUCUUCAUACAUUCCGCUAAGAGAUCUGACUCUUUCACCAUUAAUUCAAGCAUCUCCGAUUGGCAAAGCUCCUGCGCUAUUCUCUCCAGUAAAGUCAAUUCACAACAACAAUCCGAAUCCCUAAUCCCCGCCGUCAACGGUUACAACAACUCCGCCGCUGGUUUCUCCGAUUUGAAUCUAGUACCAUUCGAUGACAAUAAUGACAACAGUAAGAUUCAAUCGAAGAAGAAGCCUCUUAGUAUUACAGAUCUAUCUCCAGCUCCGAUGCACGGAUCUAAUCUCAGAGUCGCUUAUCAAGGUGUUCCCGGUGCUUACUCCGAAGCCGCCGCUGGUAAAGCUUACCCUAACUGUCAAGCGAUUCCUUGCGAUCAAUUCGAAGUCGCGUUUCAAGCGGUUGAGCUUUGGAUCGCCGAUCGAGCUGUUUUACCUGUUGAAAACUCUCUCGGCGGUUCGAUUCAUCGGAACUACGAUCUUCUCCUCCGUCACCGUCUUCAUAUCGUCGGAGAAGUUCAGUUUCCGGUUCAUCACUGUCUCUUAGCUCUUCCCGGCGUACGGAAAGAGUUUCUCACUCGCGUUAUCUCUCACCCUCAAGGACUCGCUCAGUGCGAACACACGUUAACUAAACUCGGUCUCAACGUCGCGCGUGAAGCCGUCGACGAUACAGCCGGCGCCGCGGAGUUCAUCGCCGCGAAUAACAUCCGCGACACGGCCGCGAUCGCCAGCGCACGCGCGGCGGAGAUCUACGGGUUGGAGAUUUUGGAAGACGGGAUCCAAGACGACGCGAGUAACGUCACGCGCUUCGUGAUGUUAGCGCGUGAACCGAUCAUACCGAGAACUGAUCGGCCGUUUAAAACGAGUAUAGUGUUCGCGCACGAGAAAGGCACGUGCGUUUUAUUUAAAGUCCUCUCGGCGUUUGCGUUUAGGAACAUUAGCUUGACCAAGAUCGAGUCUAGACCAAACCAUAACGUUCCCAUUAGGCUAGUCGACGAGGCCAACGUUGGCACGGCUAAGCAUUUCGAGUACAUGUUUUAUAUCGAUUUCGAGGCUUCGAUGGCCGAGCCGCGAGCUCAGAACGCUCUAGCUGAGGUUCAGGAGUUUACAUCGUUCUUACGUGUUUUAGGGAGUUAUCCUAUGGAUAUGACUUCUUGGUCACCAUCAUCGUCGUCGUCAUCGUCUACAUUUUCAUUGUGACAUUAGUAUUAAUCGAAACCAAAGUGAUGAUUCAAUUGGUAAUGUAAAUUGGAAAUUGAAAGUUAUAAACUUGUUUUGAAGAAAAAUAAAUUAUUUAGUUCUCUAGUGACAAUCUUUU